AUGGCAGGGGGUCCACACGAGCGUUGGAGUAAUCAGCUCGAGUAUUUGUUAUCGUGUCUGGGAUAUGCUGUAGGCAUUGGUAAUUUGUGGCGGUUUCCAUAUUUAUGCUAUCGUAAUGGAGGGGGCGCAUUCUUAAUUCCAUAUCUCUUGACAUUAUCAAUAUGUGCGAUUCCUCUUGUCUAUUUGGAGACGACGUUGGGCCAGUUCGCAAGCGCAGGAUGUAUUUCUGUCUUCAACAUCACUCCAUUGUUCAAAGGGGCCGGUUACACGAUGGUCGUUUUAAACGUAAUAGCCGUUAUAUACUUCGCGGUGUUAAUGGCAUACCCGAUACUGUACAUAUAUCACUCCUUCAGCUCGCCACUACCUUGGCAAGACUGUGGGAAUUCGUGGAACACGGAUAGAUGUGCCGAGAUAACUAGUAACUCUAGUUUGUUACUUAAUGGAACCGCUAAGACACCGGAAGAUGAAUUCUUUCACAUACGACUUCUACAAAUGUCUCCAAAUAUCACCCAAAUUGGUGGAAUCGUGUGGCCGGUGUUUUGGUGCAACUUAAUCGCCUGGAUACUAGUUUACCUUAGCAUUAGUAACGGCGUGAAAAGUGUUGGAAAGAUUGUUUAUAUAACGGUUUCGUUUCCAUACAUCGUCCUACUUGCUUUAUUAGUGCGGGGAACAACAUUGCCAGGGGCUUGGCAGGGUAUAUUAUAUUACGUAUUGCCAGAUUGGAGCCAAUUAUGUAAACCGAAGGUAUGGGUUGAUGCUGCUACCCAAGUUUUCUUCUCAGUGGGGCCUGGAUGGGGUGGACUAGUUAGCAUGGCUAGUUUCAACAGAUUUAAUUACGACAAUUUACGGUCCUCAAUAAUUAUACCGGUGGUGUGUUGUGGUACCAGCAUUCUGGCUGGCUUUGUGGUAUUCUCCGUUCUGGGUUUCGCUGCCGAGCGAGCUGGUGUGCCAAUAGGAGAAGUGGCUACAGCUGGUCCAGGGUUAGCUUUCGUGACAUAUCCAGCAGCAGUCGCUAUGAUGCCAGCACCUAACUUCUGGGCAAUCAUAUUCUUUAUAAUGCUGUUCUCUUUGGGAAUCGAUUCCAUGUUCGUCACUAUAGAAGCGGUGAUUUCUGGAAUUCUAGAUGAGUUUCCUCAGCUAAGAACAAAGAAAAGGAUAAUAACAUUUGUCACGUGUGUUUGUUUGUUCUGUUUAUCCAUCAUUUGUACUACGAGGGGUGGAUUGCAUAUCGUUGAUCUCCUAGACGCCCAUGUAGCCAUUGUAAGUGUUCCUUUGGUGUGUUUCUUGGAACUCCUAGCGGCUGCCUACUUGUAUGGACCUAAAAACACGGCCGCAGAUAUGGAAUUCAUGACGGGACGACCUUUGAAAAAAAUAUGGAUGGUUUUAUGGCGAUAUGUUGUACCGACGAUUUUAUUGAUAAUGAUUGCAUACUCUCUAAGCCAGGCAUCAGGUAUAGCAGGAUGGUUCGUCGCUCUGAUCGCAGUAGUCUUCGUUCCAAUACACGCAGUCCGACUUCUGUUUAAAACUAAGGGAUCCUUUAAACAGAGACUUCAGUCAUGUUGUCAACCGAAUAAUUUGUGGGGUCCUGCGGAGCCGGAUAUUCGGAUUUGUUGGGAGGCUGCAAAACGUCAGACAUUCCCUCUAGAAGCCACAGCUAAUAGUGUUCAAAGAAAAAAAUAA